GAACGAUGAGCUAGUAGUUUUACGUUUAUAUGUAGGCACUUGCCAAAGACAUCGAUUAGAUGUUCGCAGAGAUGUUCGAGUAGUAAGUGGACUUACUAAGGAAAAACGUGAAAGCGCACUCCGUCCUAUCAUCAUAGGUAUGAGCUCUUUUUAAUAAAAAAGAUUUUUAUGAAAGAGAAUGUUUAAAUGAUAGAAAAUAGCUUUUAUUUCCAAUAUCUCCUCUUGUAAUUCCAAUAUCUAUCUCUUGUAUAAGGUAAAUUUUAAAUGAUAUUAUUCUAAGGGUAAAAUAGUUUUUAUUUAUUGAAAUUCUCAAGAUGAAUAACUAAAGUAUUUUUAAAUUCCAAUAACAACUAAAUAUGUCCUUAAACUUUAUCAGCGUUAAAUAAUCAUUUAAUCUUGUUUUUAUAAUAAUAAACUUUAGUAUUAUUUGGUCAUCGUCUUGCUUGUUCUAUUUUUUAUUAAUUAAUGUGUGGUAUCGAAAAGCCACAUGUGUCUCUGAAACGGCGAUGGUUAAAGAGUAAAAGUUCUAAAAUUAGAAUAUGUAUCAUCCUACAUAACUGAUAUUGAUCACGAUACGUGUCAUCUGUGAAUGUUGAUGUACAAAAAUACACUACGUUAAAUAAUAAAAUGCGAAGGUGUUAAACUAAAAGCACAUAAACGACUACGCAUUUUAAAAAGAAAAAUACCAGUCAAUAAUAUAGAAGCGAUAGGGUUUUUCACAUAAAAAGCUUCGUUGUUGCUUUUCAAUUUUUACUUACAUUAGUAGAUCUUAACAAUACACAUCACUAUCAUUACCACACAAACCACAACAACAGAAAGGAUCAAACAUGGUAUUGAGAGAAAAAUCAUUUGUAUGUGUUUUACUAUUAGCAGUUAUCACUAUCGUCUCAUCACAACACAGUAAGUAGACUUUUUCAGCGUACUUACAAUUUUUUUGUUUCUUGGAAACAGUGAGAAAAUAAAAAAACGAAACUUUAAUAAUAGAAAAAAUUAGAAGAAAAUACUACAAAAUGUAAAUGUUUAUAUAAUUGUAGAACAACAAUGCGAAGAUUUUUCAGCUGAUGGUGAUUGUAGAAAAUUUAUUCGAUGUUUUUCUAAUUUACGAGUAAAAUUCACAUGUGGCAUAGGAACAGCAUGGGAUAAAAAUUUGAAAACAUGUGUACACAGAGAAUGGGUAGAAUCUUGUAGCGCAAAGGCCAGAGCUGCUGAUGAAGAUGCAUUAUCAAAUUUAACGCUGAGUCGCUCAAUAUCAGAAGCAAGCGAAUCUGGUGUCAUAGUUACCCCGAAACAAUUUGCUUGCUCAUCUUAUUGUUUGUACGGAGGUUCGUGUAAAGUGGUAGUUAAUGCUGUACAAUGUCAAUGUCCAUCGAAUAUUCAAUGUCAAGCAGUUGUCAUAAAGCCAUCACCCUGUGCGACAAGUCCUUGUUCCAAUGGCGGCUUAUGUCAAAAUUCUGGUGCGAGUUUUGCUUGUCGUUGUCCGCUUGGUUUCAUUGGCCUUACGUGUCAAGUGCGUAUUGAUCCCUGUGCCGCACAACCAUGCAAAAAUGGCGGCCAAUGUAUACCAACCGGGACUAUUAAUGCUCCGAAAUUUUGUACACCCAACCCGUGUAUGAAUGGUGGAAAAUGUAUUUCCACAAAAGAUGGUUACAAAUGUGCAUGCGAAAACGGUUCAGGAGGAAUCUUAUGUGAACAAAUUCAAAGAUCUGCCGACUACAAAUACUGUCUAUUAGACUGUCAAAAUGGUGGCACAUGUGUUUACAUUGGUACAACACCAUCAUGUCGAUGUCCAGAAGGAAGAAAUGGCCGUUUAUGUGAAAAACGUACGCAGUUUUUCUAG